GCGAUCUGGCCUGUUUACUUUCGGCGUACCUCAGCUUCUUCAUUACUUUCCCUCCCCGCUGAUAGCCAGUUGUGAAAGGCACCCUAUCAACUACACAUUCUUCGAGCGCAGAGAUGGCUGUCCUGACCGCGUUACCAUCCGACUUUGGAUAUGUAAUUUUUACGUACCUCUAUAGCUGGAUUAUGAUGGCCUAUUUGGCAGUCAAAGUUGGGUCGGCAAGAAAGAAGUACGGCGUUAAGUAUCCCACCAUGUACAGCGACAAAGAUCAAGUUUUCAACUGCAUUCAGAGAGCACACCAGAAUACCUUGGAGGUGUACCCCCAGUGGCUCGUUUUCCAGACCAUCGCUGCACUCGUCUAUCCGUUAACUGCAUCUGUCCUGGGUGCCAUUUGGGUGACCAGCAGGUUUUCUUACGCCUGGGGCUACUACACCGGAGAUCCUGCAAAGAGGAUGAAUGGAGCCUACGGCUACAUUGGAUAUCUUGGAGUCAUCUUUCUGUCAAUAUAUAUUGCCCUGCAGCAGCUGGGAAUUUUCUAAGAUGAACAUCAAUUAAUUUUUACAUCUGGCUCGAAAGUUUCCUGGGUUUUGCCUACUAACAUGAAUUUUUCAGUUACUAAUCAUUCUUCAAUAUUUUUGACGUUAAUAUUUCUCCUUACAUAGAUCGCUAUUAAAUUCUGUUUUCAUAUGUAGCACAACUUUUGUGAAUGCAUUAUUCACUUGUGUAUUACACCAUAUGACUUUGUAAUUCUCUUUAUCUUCUCAUUGUUUAUGCAGAUUAGUGGUAGAAAGAUAUGAUGCGACCUUUGAUGAUUUAGUCUCACAUUUUUGAUUUGAAUCAAAUUUUCGGAUGUUUCAAUUCAUUUUUAGCAAUUCAAGAAUGUUUUGUGUUAAUUUUUUUAAUUGAAAUUUGUUUAAACAUGAAUACUUUCUUUUUGCUUUAAGAAACGUCUUAAAUGUCUUUACUACUACACAACAUACAGCUAUAAAUUAGUCUGUUUAAGGGUGAUUUAAGCUGCCAUUUGGAGCCACUUUUGUGUGAACAAAGCUGGUUGUCAUUUCUAAUAAAUUUCAUAGCUUUC